UAGGCCCAAAUGUUAGGGUUUUGUUCAAUUUAUAAUGCUCUCCAAACCCUACGCCCAUUCUUUGAAGCCGACGCCUCCAUCUUCCAUUCAGAAAUCCAUUGAAGUUUUAAUUUGGAAGGAUGGUGAGAGUUAGUGUUUUGAACGAUGCUCUUAAGAGCAUGUACAAUGCAGAGAAGAGGGGAAAACGACAGGUCAUGAUCAGGCCGUCUUCUAAAGUCAUCAUCAAGUUUCUUCUGGUUAUGCAGAAGCACGGUUAUAUUGGUGAAUUUGAGUUUGUCGAUGAUCAUAGAUCUGGAAAAAUUGUUGUUGAACUCAACGGCAGGCUGAACAAAUGUGGGGUUAUUAGUCCUCGUUUUGAUGUGGGUGUUAAGGAAAUUGAAGGUUGGACUGCUAGGUUGCUCCCUUCCAGACAGUUUGGAUUCAUUGUGCUGACAACAUCUGCUGGAAUUAUGGAUCACGAAGAAGCAAGAAGGAAGAAUGUUGGAGGCAAAGUUCUUGGUUUCUUCUACUGAACAUGGUUUUGAGCAUCCAUUAUGGAGUUUUGACAUAGCUUUCAAAUAGUACUACAUUUUCUCUCGGUAAAGAAAGAUCCUUAUCCUGUAUUGAUGAUUAGAUUUUGUGUUGCCAGUUUCUCAUUUCUUAAGUUAAUUCCAAGGAAGAUUCUAUUGUUUUCGUGAAGACGUUUUGGUUCUUUUAAUUAUAUUGGAAGAGAACUAGUGCUUUUUAAUUUCUUGCUA